AUGGCUCCCAAUCCCAUUACCAGAGAAGAGCUUCAUCUAUUUCACCAAAUUGACCGCGAGGUUUUGUGUUUAUUGAUUUUCAAACUACAUCGUGAGUUAAGUGAAUCCCUACUAGUCAUGGCCUUGUGGCUAUGGCUAGAAAGCAUUGGUUAUCCAAACAUCAUUCGGAGAAUUAUGAGUCUACCAAACAAUGUUGCUGAUGCUUUGGUUAAUGAAGCUGCGGUUUGUCUGCACUGCUUGGAGACAAAUGAUGAUCCUGUCAUUCCAAAUGGUGGAGGCUUACCCGUCACCCAAAGAGUAAUGGAGAGAGAUGUCUCUCUUCAAGUCUUCAACGAGAAAAGAUAUACAGCGAUUGCUGGUAUUAAAAGUGUUUUAAAGAACAUUUUUUCUCGUAUUUUCACUGAUGUUGUUGAGAUUAUUUUGAAAAGCACUAAAAUCAAUAAAGCUAGCACAUCACGAGCCAGCACAUCAAACAAGCGUUUAAUUGUCCCUGGUUUCCCACACCCAUUGUUUGGUAACUUUGAUUUACAACCAAUAGAAAACGUGGAUUUGUUUGAUGAGAGGAUAUGGGAUGGAAAGCUACCCUUUGAUGAUGUUGCUGAUGAUGAUAAAUCUAUGUUUCUAACAUUUUCCAGAGGCUUCCCUGUGUCUGAAAAUGAGGUGAGACAAUUGUUUACAAGGGCAUAUGGAGAUUGUGUGUUAAGUUUAACUAUGGGGACUGUUGACGAGAAUGACCAACCUUUGUUUGCAAAACUGGUUUUGAAAACGGUGGAAACAGUAGAUCAAGUUCUGAAUGGAAAACGUGUUGCAAAGCUUAAGAUCAAUGGGAAACACAUUUGGGCUCGUAAAUUUCAUCCUUAG